GUCAAAAACGCGACGAACACGAAAGGUGAAAAGAAAAAAAAAGAAAGAGCCGAGUCGGAGAGUGACGAAAGCGAAACCGGGGCGUGAAAAUUGAUUUUUCUUCUGCUGCCAAAGUGUUGUCGAGAAAGGGAAAAUCGGUACGGUGAUCUCCCUGGAGUUUAGCAACGGGAAAACGGAAAAAGUGUUACGGAAAAGCUGCUUCCCGAGUGUAAAUCCGCAUAGCAGCAACUAAACGGGCAGCGCUUCGAUACGGGAACGACUCCUAAGGACGAAGGCGACGCGAAGAGCCAAGGCGAAAUCCGUGGUUAUAGAUUUUUCGCGUAACCUGUGCCCGCAGCAGCAGGGCAGAAGAGCGACGAGUAGUGUGUGGUGUGUGGAAGUUUGAUGUGCGUUUUGUGUUUGCCUGUGAGUCGAGUGUUUUAUCGAUCCAUUUGGGAUUCUUUUUUUUUUUCUCUUCCCGAACCCAUUGAACGGAAAGUGGUGAGAAGUGUAUAGGUGAGCGUUCGACGGUUUUUGGGGAAGAAUCGGACUCCCGGAAACGGAAACAGCAGUAGAAUCGGAUUGACCCAUCUGAAGAAGGAGAAGCGGAAUUUAGUUUAAAUCCUGAUAGGAGAUACCAUCAGCAGUAAAAGUGGCAGCACCAGAAGCAGCAAAUAUGUCUAAUAAGCCAGCGCAGUUGCUUGUUAUCGAGCCAGCGAAUGAGCUGAAAUUCGUAGGUCCAUUUUGCACAGCUGUUUCGUCCUAUAUGCGAUUGACGAACCCGACGGAGCAUGUCAUCCUGUUCAAAAUCAAAACGACCGCGCCUAAAAAGUACUGCGUGCGUCCCAACUGUGGCGUACUAGAGCCAAAGAGCACCAUCGAAAUUGCUAUUAUCCUUCAACCGUUCAUCUUCGAUGCGGCCGAAAAGAACAAACACAAGUUUAUGGUACAGUCGAUGAUCAUGCCGGAAGGGGACGUCAGCGUCGAUCAGCUGUGGAAGGAUGUUGGCCCGGACGAUCUGAUGGACUCGAAGCUGCGGUGCGUGUUCGAGCUGCCGGCCGACACCAAUCAGACGUCUUCGGGAGCGAUUACAGCCACCAGCACCACUACCAGCCAGUCGGCUAACGCUACACCGAACAAGAACGAGUCGGGAGUAUCGACGGUGGAGUCACAACACGGUAGCAGUGCCAGCAACGAAGACGACAAGGACAUGGCGCUAAUGCAGGAGGUGAAGAAGCUGCGGGAAUCCGAGUGCUCACUGCGCCACGAGAAUCUGCUGCUGAAGGAAAAGCUGCUCCGAAUGCGGCUAGACAUGGAAAAUAGCGCCGCCAAGGAACAGCAGCAGCAGCAGUCGGUCUCCAGCGGUCUCGGUGAUUCGCCCUUGUCCGGAGCGGCAGCGGCGGCCGCCCAGUACCAGAACCCAUACAGCCCGCCCCAGCUGGCCAACCAACAGCAGAUGCCCAUCGUGUACGUGGCCGUGGCAAUCGCAAUGGCUAUAUUCGGGCUUAUUCUUGGCAAGUUUGUGCUCUGAACACUGAACGACACCGGCAACGGCAGCGGCAGUGGCAGCAGCGGUAACAACAGCGACGGCAAUGAUGAUAAUAAGUUAAUCUGAGUUCAGACUAGUAUAAACAACAGAACAGAAACUAGAAAACAAAACAAGCAAAACAAACUAUUUAAAGGCAUAUAGGUUGGGAGUAUAGGGAGGGGAUGAACACACUCAUGUAACAAGGAAAAUAAACAAUUUAGAGGAGACAGGCAUAUAAGAAUAAUUGAUUCUGAACAGAAUAUAAAACGAUUCUACAGCGUUCCUUCGAAUUUCAUCACCCAGAAUGCGAUGUACCCAAAUUUAAUAAUUCGUUGAAUUCGCACUUCUGAGGGAUGGAGCUCGAGGUAACAUUUUAGGACCGACUAAACCAUGUAGGAAAACGAAACGGCAAAGAGCAUACACCCAACCCUUUUUUAUAUGCGGUCUUAUUUUCCAUUUUUCCGAUGUGCAAACGAUCAGAUAAAAAUCAAAGAAAAAUAUGCUACCGACAGAAAUGUUCCAACUUCGUCACAGAAAAAGACAAUUGGAAAAAUGUACUCGCACAAAAAAGGUUUGGGUGUACAUUGUACUUCAACAAAUUAAAAAAAAAAAGAAAACAAAAACAAAAGCAGUUAUCGCUGUAAUGGAAAACCUAGCAGUAAAAGAAUAAAUAAACCCUAAAUGGUUAAUCCAGAUUAAUAUACAAAAGAACUUGAGAAUCAAUGUGAAGCUGAACUAAAACUAGAAUAAAUCGAAGAGAAUAUCGUUCGCGAGAGAAUAAUAAAAAAAGGAGGAAAGCAUGAAAGCAAAGGUAAAACUAAAUCAAACAUCAUCUGCUAGAAGUGGCAGGUCCCAUGAAGAAGAGAAUAAAAAAAACACACACACACACAGCAAAUUAAAAAGAAACGUAUUUAUCCUAAGAUUUAAAAUUGCCAGAAGGAAGCAAGUUACAGGAAAUGAGAGUAAUUAGUUAUCGACCUUCUCUUGUUGCUCAUUUCAACCAAUAAUUGAGUCGACUUUCAUUUCGAGAAUAAUUAUUAAAAGAAAACCAACACUCACAUAUAAACAAACAAAAAAAAAACACACACACAACCACACGCAUACAAAGAUGCUCUCGCUUAGAAGUAGAAUUAUUAAACAAACAAGCAAGCAAAACAAAAGUAAACAGAUGUAAAAUUCAUCUCGCUGCGUGGCGGAGCUUCGAGCUUUUAUCCGGAUUCGGGGGGAACUCGAACCGUCGCCAUCGGCGAUCCUCUCACCUACAGGACGAUGCGAGUGGAGAUGAACCCCGUUCAAUCCCAGAGUUUUGAGCAUUAUUAGGAUACCUACCUACAUACCACAUAUUCGUUUCGUUUCCGGAGGAGGGAAGAAACCGUGUAGUGAUUUGAAAUAUAAAAAAAAAUCAGAAAGCGAAAGCCCUUCUCUAGCGGAUAAGAUUUACUAAAACUUAGGAGGGGCAAAGGGGAAGCCGUAUAUUUGUUACGUUAUAGGUUGAUUAUAAGAAGGUACCUCCACCUGCAAAAGUAAAACCAUAUUCAUGGCUGAUGGAUGGAGUUGCUAUAGUUUGGCGCAUUCGAACGAUUUUGCUCCUUCUUCUACCCAGUCUAGAUGCUAAAGUUUUGCUUUCCUAUUCAAACUAAACAAAAGUCGUGUAGAGUUAUAUCUGAAUAGGAUUUUCAGCGGUUUUUUUUUGUAAGGUUUUAAGUCGAUUGAUUUUGGGAUAUAAGCGAUUUACCUACUACUACUAGAUCCUAUCGGAUCCGGUUGGUGAAACCGUUAGAGUUUCGGAAGGAUAGGAAGAAAACAUAACAACCAGAAAAAAAUGUGUUAAAUAGAGAAAGAAGUGAAUAGUAAUCAUCUAUUGUCAAAACUAACAACUUCUGACCCGAAGAAGAAGAAUAAAACGGACGGUUUGUGGAGCGCUGCUUAACUUACAAUUGUGGCAAAAUUUCUCAACAUUUUCCGGAAUCACAGAAAAAUAAAAGUUUCCUUGUCGGUGUUGCUCUGGCUGCUAAGAACCAUUUUUGCAUCAUAUUCCCAGAAUGAGAAGAGAGUGGAAAAGAAGAAAUUGCCGCACGCGCGCUCUCUCAACUGACGCUACAACAAACCAACAACAGCAACAAAAUUCACUAAAAUAGAAACAGAAUAAAUUUUUGAAAGUUGAAAACAGCA